AUGUCUCCCGAUAGGGGCGAUGGUGCCUGGUGGCAUCGAGUACUUCAAGAACUCGCCAUUACAGUCCCUCUGAUGUUCGGGGGCUAUUAUAUGAUCAAGUAUGUCCUGUCGCAGAUGAACCUCGACCCCGAAGCGGACCAGAAAGAACAGAAUCGCUUGCAGUCGGCCGCAAUAUUACGACGUCUAGAGGAUCAUCCUCGCAAGAACCAACCUGCGAACCAACCAAGCACGGACCGACCGCGAAGGGAAGAUCUACGCCUGUCUCAAUAUGAAGAAGUCAUCUUGCAAGAGCUGGUAUUUCCAGAGGAUAUAUCUGUGUCCUUUGAUGACAUUGGGGGUCUAUCGGAUAUAAUAGAAGAUCUCAGAGAGUCGGUGAUAUACCCUUUGACCUUACCGGAACUAUACUCUACCUCCUCCUCUCUACUGGCGGCUCCUUCCGGCGUUCUCCUAUACGGACCUCCUGGUUGUGGAAAGACCAUGCUGGCCAAGGCUCUAGCACAUGAGAGCGGCGCGUGCUUUAUCAAUCUGCAUAUUUCGACUGUUACCAACAAAUGGUUCGGCGAUUCGAACAAACUGGUCAACGCAGUCUUCUCCCUGGCGCGCAAGCUAGAGCCAGUGAUUGUCUUUAUUGACGAAAUCGAUGCAGUCCUGGGCACCCGACAUAGUGGCGAACAUGAGGCAAGUGGAAUGGUGAAGGCCGAGUUCAUGACGCACUGGGAUGGGUUGGCUUCCUCCAACACUCUCGGUCGGCCGCAACGGAUAUUGAUCCUGGGGGCCACCAAUCGCCUACAGGACAUCGACGAUGCUAUUCUUCGACGGAUGCCCAAGAAAUUCCCCAUCUCGUUGCCGAAUGCCUCCCAACGUCUCAAGAUCCUGAAGAUUAUCCUUCGGGAUACCAAGCUCGACCAGGAAAAUCUUGACUUGGAGUAUCUGUCCAGAGUGAUGGCAGGAAUGUCAGGAAGCGACAUCAAGGAGGCAUGUCGGGAGGCAGCAAUGGUGCCUGUCCGAGAGAUGAUCCAGCGGCAGAGAGAAAGUGGACAACGCAUGGAAACCAUGAAAGCAGGAGACGUGCGAGGUCUACGUACAGCUGACUUUUUCAUACGAGCGCGUGGGGAUAAGGCAGCUCAGGACGCAAAGAGAGACAAGGACGAAAAGGAAUGGAGCACUGAGUCGUCAUCUCCCAUAGUAGAUGGUGUGGAGGACGCAGUGGAAGAGUUGCAUCAACCAGACUAA